AAUUAAUUUAGUAUUUGCACGUUUACAAUACACAUAUGGACUCGCAGUCAGUAAUUUAUGGACACUCGUCUAAGCCUAUGUCUAUUUUUAGAACCCUAUUUUCUGAGUGCCCCCAAGCGUUCACACUUAGUCAUCACUUUGUGCUCAACCCAGGGACGAGGGAAGGAGAGAGCUCGCCCCUGGUUCUUUGCAGCACGGGGGUCUGUGUGAAACAGCACUCAUGCAUAGAGCGGCUAGCUUCACCCGGGGACUCUAGAGGGUUUGGAAUUAUAAUCCCGUCGCCUUUCUGCUGAGUGCCGAGUUGAUGGAAAGACCGGUAGGUUUUAUAGCUCCACAGGAAUUGCGGCCCAACAUUUACUGUCCUUACUCUGUGAUUUGAUCGACCGUACAUGUAGAGGGAGACGUAGCACCACUCUUCCAAAGGUUUCUUCGAAAUUGUUGGGUAUUUACUGUGCGAAUUUUUGCUGUAGUAGCAGUUGUAUUAUACUGUGCAUGCACCUUGCGUUUCGAUUGCACACUAAGUGUAUAUUUUGUGUAGUAACUAAACGAGAAACAAACGGACACGGGGACAAAGGUCACAUCACAACGUUACACACGUUGCUGCAGUACACUGUGUACAGUUGACUUGUGUAAAUCUAAGAUUUAAAAACCGAAGUUCGAUUCCUGUUGUGAGUGUUGAUAUUUCCUUCAAGGAUGGGACCGUCAAGGAGAGGAGACCGGGCCUUCUGGACAACUGCCGAGGUGAGGAAGCUAAUAUCGGUGUUCGCUCGGAAAGAAAUCCAGAGACAACUGGAUGGAACAACCAGGAACAGAAUAGCGUUCGAGAAGAUGUCGUCUGUUCUCCGCUCGGUGGGAUUUAACAGGACCCCGGCCCAAUGCAGGGAGAAAAUCAAGAGCAUGAAGAAGGACUACCGAAAGGGUAAAACUAGCCAGUUUAGUGCUAUCAUUGGCAAGCUGAUGGAGACAUAUCCAGUUGCCUUACGUCAUGCUGCUGUCGAUGAUGACCUCGUCGGGGCGACGGGGGAAGAAUUGGAGGCGAGCAUCAUGAAUAAACUGCAAGCGAUGGCGGAUGAAGAUAUAGAAGAAGAUGAAGAGGCAACGGGGUCUGAUGAUGAGAUUUGGAAUGAGGAGAGUGAUCGUGGAUGGAUGUCGUCAGAUGAUCAAGAUGACCCCAACAUGGACACCACCACCAAACAACAACAGCGGAAACGAGGAGCGGACAGAAUGAGUCAUUGGAGUCCAGUGGAGACGUUAGAGCUCCUCGGAAUCAUCGGUGAGAGAGACACCCAGGCAGCGCUCAGAAAGAUGGUGCACACCCGCUUAGUCUGGGAGAGCAUCUCCGGCAAGAUGAGCACCAACAGAUCGGCCGAGCACUGCCACGACAGGUGGAUCUACCUGAAGCGCCGAUACAGGGAGACCGUACUGAAGAAACAAACAGACAGAUGCGCCAACUGCUCUUACUACAGCGAACUGGCUAAGAUUUUAGCCAAACAACCUCCAGACAAUGACCAAUCUACCAGCCAGUCGACAAGAGCUUUAGGAGCAUCCUCUGGAAAUACAUCGGGACUGUCUUUCUACUCUAGGACCAACGCCCGAUCCGGCUGGCCCUCGUCUUCAACCCCUCGCCUGCCUGGGAGUGACGAUGAAAACGACUUUGAAGAUGACGGUGAUAAUCAAGAGAUAGAAGAUGACGACAUCGAUGAUCUGUUUGGUCCUAACAGAGUUCAUGAUACUGAAGUUGAACUAGAAGGAGAGAUGUCAGAAGACAAUGGCAAUCAUCAAAGUGCCCUUCUUACUGAUCCCAGUCCUGCCACCACCAGUGAAUCAAGACCAUCAAACAAAAGGGAAGCCGCCGGUGGUCCAUCACAACGGAAUCCAAAACGACCUAGAGGAGUGCGGGCAAAGCCCCAGGUACCGCCCAAGGAGGAUCUGAGUAUAGCGGAGGCCAUCACGGACGCCAUGAUGAGAUUCAUAGACCACCAUCAAUUCCACCUCUCUCAGCAGACGGAGAUCCUGGAGCGAUACCUCAAGUUUGAACGUGCCAGGAUGCGAUGGGAGAUGGAUAUGGAGACACGACGGAUGAAGUGGGAGGAGGAACGUGACAUGAGAGAGGAGGAGAGGAGGCAGAGAGCUGAGGAGCUGGAAGAAAAACGGGUCUCUGAUAACAGACAGUUUAUGCUACAGCUGGCCGUUGUCUUGGGAAAUAAUGCUGCUACGGACGACCGAGGAGAAAGAACUAAAGGCGGUGACGCUGCUGUUGCUAACAGUAGUGCCAAGUAACACUUCAUGGGUCAAUUAGGGAGUAUAUUCUUUUUAAUAGAUUCAUUAGGUAUGUCCAUAAAAAAUUUCAGUAAAGAUGUUCAUAUGGUAGAAAAU